AUGGCUACAGUCAUCAUUGGGGCCGGUAUCAUUGGAACAUCCACAGCAUACUAUCUGAGUCAAACCUCCAAAAAUGCAAUCCAUCUUGUGGAAGCCUCUCCCCAACUCUUCGCCUCCGCAUCCGGAUUUGCAGCCGGCUUCUUGGCCCGGGAUUGGUUUUCUCCCUCGCUAUCAAAACUCGGCGAGUUGAGUUUCGAUCUCCACAGGCUGCUGGCUGAAGAGAACAACGGCCACGACCGCUGGGGUUACAGUCGAAGCACUGGGACCAGCUUGGCAGAGACUGUAGGGAAAAAUGGCGCGGACUGGCUGAUGGAGGGAGUGAGUCGGUCAACGGCCGCUGCGAGGACUACUAACAGCAAUGGCAAUCGUCCGGCUUGGUUGACGCCUGGCUCUGAGCUCGAUGUGAUGAGUGAUGGAUCUACGACGGCUCAAUGUGACCCAUUACUCCUCUGCCGCUUUCUCAUGGAAAGCUGCCAAUCCCGCGGUGUCCAAUUACACCAGCCCGCCAAAGCCAUUUCCAUCAUCCGUUCCCCAUCCGGCGCCCUCUCCAGCAUAUCCAUCCUCGACACCUCCACCCUAGAACAAACAACCCUUCCUUGUACACGCCUAGUCCUAGCAGCGGGAGCUUGGACUCCGGAAGUUCAUCGCACCCUCUUCCCUAAGUCGAAAAUGGGAUUACCUAUCACAUCACUUGCAGGGCACUCGCUAAUCCUUCGCUCGCCGCACUGGCCUCCCCCUGCACUUGACAGUACCGACCCAGCCAACGCGGGUCGCCAGGACUGCCACGCUGUUUUCACCACCGACGCCGAAGCCGAUUACAGCCCCGAGAUCUUCUCCAGAAUGCCAGAUGGCUGCAUCUACCUUGCCGGCCUAAACUCUAGCACAUACCCUCUACCAAAGAUCGCCAAUGAGCGCGUCAUUGACCCCGAAAGUAUAGCAGUGCUGAAGAAGACGGCACGCAAAUUACUUGGUGAAAAUUUCGAAGUCGUGAGAGAAGGCGUAUGCUGGCGGCCGGUGGCGAGGAAAGGUGUACCAAUCAUUGCUGAUCUGGGUGAUAAAGGGGAGGAGGGGGUUAUCGUAUGCGCUGGGCAUGGGCCUUGGGGUAUUUCAAACUCACUGGGAAGUGGGUAUUGUGUUGCGAAGAUGGUUGAGGGCAAGGAUGUGGAGCGAUAUGUGGGACGGUUGGGCUUGUAA